UGAAGAUCGCCAGCAUUCUGCCAACUGGAGCCAUGGUGUCUACUGUUGCGGUUUUUUUGUGUGCUGCAUUUGCAGUGUUCUCGGGCGCGGCGGCUCAGACGACCUACUUGCCCGAUUCGCAAAAUGUAUACCAUCUCUUCACUAGGCAAAACCCAAGCGUCAGCCAGCCCAUGGUCCUCGGUUUCCCCACGCUCAUCGGCUCCAACUUCAACCCGGCUCACCGCACCUUCAUCAUCGUCCACGGCUGGGACUCCGAUGCCGUCUCCGCUUUUAACACCGCUCUGGUCCCUGCCAUCCUGUCUGCCGCGGACGUGAACCUGAUCGCCUUAGACUGGAGCGCCGGCGCCCGCACCACUGACCAGAACGUGCUCAUCAGCCACAACGUGCCACUCUGCGCUAACAGCGCGGCCCGUUUCAUCGUCUGGCUGAACCAGCAGACCGGCGCGACUAUUGACCAGUACCACAUCAUCGGCUUCGAAGUCGGUGCCCAUCUCAGCGGCAUCAUCGGCAAGAACCUCGACGGACAAGUGCCUUUCAUUACUGCUCUAGCCCCGACCCGCCACGGGUUCAACUCGACCAACCAAUUCUUCCCGACCGACGGUGGCUACACAGAGGCCAUCCACACCGACGUGUUCGGCUCCGGUGUGCAUGAACCCGUAGCCAUUUCCGAUUUCUACCCUCACAAUGGAUUCUACCAGCCCGGAUGCGAGCUCGUGGACUGAGAGUGCAGCCGU